UUUCGACCAAAAAUAGAGUCAAGAAAAAAUUAUUCUCAUUCCAUCUCUAUAUUAAUGGCGGUGACACAGAUUCUCCCAAAAUCUUCUUGGAAUUACUAGUCAAAUUCUUUUCUGAUUUUUCUUUCCUUGAUUUUCUCUGUAAAUCUCCCAUUUACUCACUGUCAUUCAGCUGGAAAAUUCCAAGAAAGAAAAUGGGAGGAGAACAUUUUGACUCUUCAUUUUCGAUCUCUAAUCUUCUUUGUUGUGAAGAAUCUGAAUCUUGUUUUGAUGAUGAAAUUGUUGAAGAAAACAAUUUUAGUUAUAAUUAUAAUUUUUCAGUACAGAAUGAAUCUCCAGAUGAUGAAUAUAUUGAGAUGUUAAUUGAUAGAGAAAGAAUUUCAGAAAAUCGAUUUACACUAGUUGAUGAUGAUGAUAAUUGGUUGAAAUCUGCAAGAUUAGAAUCGAUUAAAUGGAUCAUCAGUAAAAGUGAUUACUUCGGAUUUGGAUUCCAAACUGCUUAUUUAUCGAUUAGUUACGUCGAUCGAUUUCUAUCUAAGCGAAUCACUGAUAGUGAGAAAUCAUGGGCAAUCCGAUUAUUAUCAAUCGCCAGUUUAUCAUUGGCAGCAAAAAUGGAAGAAUGUGAAGUUCCAUUAUUAUCAAAAUUCAAUUCAGAACAAGAACUCAAUUUUGAGAGCAAUACUAUUCAGAAAAUGGAACUUAUGAUUUGUAGUACAUUGGAAUGGAGAAUGAAUUCAAUCACUCCAUUCUCUUAUCUUCAUUACUUCAUUUCCAAUUUUGGUAAUCAAUCGAAAGAUUUGCUAUCGAAAUCAAUUGAACUUGUCUUUGCAUUCACAAAAGAGAUAAAUUUGAUCGGCCAUCCGCCGUCUGUCGUGGCUGCAGCUUCUGUUUUAGCAGCAUUGGAUCAAAGAUUAACGAGAAAAACAAUUGAAUACAAAAUGAGUUUGAUUUCUUCAUGUGGGUCUUUAGAUAAUGAUCAUUUAUUUUCUUGCUAUAAUAUGAUGAAGAAACUGCAAAGAGAAACUUAUGAAAUGACAAACUUUAUAGUUUCUUCCGAUUUAACAUCAACCUAUUCAAGUUCAGUUGAUGUUGUUGGGGAUUCUUCGUGCAUUUCGGCUUUCAGAAUUAAGAAGAGAAAGGUUACAGCACUUAGUGAUUGCGAUAAAAGAAUGAGACAUCCGAUUACAAGUGACUGCACUGAAGAAAAUGCCUGUUAGUAGGAGGCUUUACUGAAGCUAGCUCUUACAUCAAUUUUGGGUUUGUGUUGUAUUUGAACCAAGAAUUAGUCUAGUGCAGAAGAAGAGUUUUUAUCGUACUACUGCACGUGUACAUGAUAUGACACUGAUUAUUAUGGUUUUUCUUUCCCGAAAACCAAAUGAAAGUGGAUCAUGAAAGAACAAACAGUGGUGAAAGACUCUAUUAAAAGAAGUGAAAAAUCUUUUUUUCAACAGUGUGAAAGACUCUGACUAGAGGAAAAGGAAGAAAAAUGAGAUCCAAUAGUCAGAAAAUAGUGAUUUUUUAGUGGGUUAUCUUUAUUUUCUUCUUUAUUUCAGAAUUGCUAACUAUUAUCAUUUCUUUAAUUCUUAUAAUAACUUUACUUUGUUGAUGAAGCUUGGGAUGCUUCUGAAGUUCUUUUUGUCUCUGUAAAGAAAAGAAAAGAAAAGAAAAAAAAAAAGCAAUAAACAAGAUGAGAGGAGUUUGGUUUGUUGUGUUGAGGCCACAAAGAAAAAUAAAGGGUAUGUAAAAGUGGGAUUUGAUUGAGGUUUCUUUGAAUGCUUGGGGGCAGUCUUUUGGGGUCAUGACUCAUGAAACUGAAAACAUGGUAUGCAAGUGACUCACUGAAGGAUUAAAAGCAAAAGCAGUUAAUAUAUUUUCUUCUCCUGAUUAUGUAA